UGCGCUGUCAGCAUGUACUCCACUCCACGUUUUCCUGUCAGCCCGCGGACGUCCAUUAAAUAACCGAUGUGAGCGGAGAGCGUAGGUCAUGUUUGGGAGAAGGGGCUGUGGUGCCUGGAUUUACGGGUUGAAGUGCUGUUUUACUCCGGGGCAACAUGUUAUUAAGUGUUAGCUACACUAUAAAGACUGCGUGUCGUCCCGCUGUUCCGUCGUCCUGCUGAACUUAUGGUGGCUCGACCAACUUACCAAAUUCGCCAAAGGAAAAUGCAGGAGGAUCAGCCGUCUCUCGCAGGCGUGGAGUAUUAUUAGUUAGUUAGCAGUGCAAGCAGUUCAACUGUGUCCGGCAUGCCCCUGUGGAGGCCACAAUGAAAUGCUAACUUGUUUAUACUGGGUCUGAUGAUGGGAAAGGAAUCCCAAGUGCCAUAUUUUAAAUAUAUUCACUCUGAGAAUUAGUCCAUUUCCCAUGUCUGCUGGCCUGUCUCUCAACCCUCUUACCCUCAUCAAACUUAGCUAUGCCUCAUCCUCCCAAACCGUUAAAGAAGGUCCAGCCUCCAGGAAAGCGAAAUGUUAGGAAACUAAAAUCCUCCACUGAUAGAAGGCGAGCAGCAAAUUCAAGCAAACCCAAGGGUCCAACAACACGUACAAGGCAAGUGAAGACCAGGAAGUCCACAGGAAAGAAACCGGCAACCAAGAGGGUCCAGGCAAGUGCCGUUAGCAGGCCUGCCAAGAAAGCCACCCAGGAAAGAGCAAGCAGAACCAAGAAUACAUCUGACUUAACAGGAUCUAUCGAACUCAGACAAACACGCAGCUCUCUGACACAACAUGGCCCAGCUGCAGACCUCAGGGGCAGGAGGAGGUCCUUCCGGGGCAGUCCGUUGUCGCAGAGUGGCCUACAAGAAGUGAAGCCUUCUAGGAGGGUGGCCAAAAGCAGAGAGAGAGGCCAGCAGACAAGGGAACAGGAUACUCAGAGGAUCAUAGAACCUAUAGAACAUAGUGAUGAUGGUGAUGCUGAUGACCAACAAAGCGAGACACCUGUUACCAAUGUAGAGGCUCUACCUGUCAACUUAAGCUCUGAAAACAAAGCAGAUGAGGAGCAUGGAGAACCACUUGUUAACGAGACUGCUACAGUGGAGGAGGAGAAGUUUGAGGUCACUGCAGAAAUGGUACAAAGUGAAAACAGCCCUGUGCCCCUUGAAAACAUGGAGAAGCCAAGCACAACUGAUGAGUCAGAUGAUUUGUUCGCCAAAGUGCAUGACCCAGCCGCUGAAGCCGACUCUGUUUGUACACUUGAUACCUCAGGCCCAACAGAACUUUCUCUCUCACAGUCAUGUGACGUUGCUUCUCAAAGCGCCCUAGAAGACUCUUCUCAACCAGAUUUGUCUGCAGCAUCUUCCAUAUGUGAAAUUCCCAAAGAAUCACCAGCACUUCAGAACCCCACAGAUGCUAACCAGGUAGAGGACAGAGAGGCUGACAGCACCACAGCCGUGAAGACCAAAGAUGAUGAUGGAGAUGAGUUGUCAAGCAAGAACGAAGGAGCAUUAUCGCUUCUGUCAUUGAGCGCAGGUAUUUACAGCGGCUCUCUGGACACUGGGCCUCAAACAGCUUGCUCUUUCGACAGCAAAGUGUCCAGCAGUACAGAUAGCACCCAGUUCUCAUUUGAUACAGAGUCGGAAGCAGGAAGUUUAGAGCUGGCUCUGGAGCACAGGGCCACUGGUGCUUCUCCGCUGCUGGAGGCAGACAUACGACAGCGCUUACUGCAAGCUCAGGAGAGAAGAGAGAGGAAGAAAAGGAGUAGAUGCGGGGCCUGCGGGCCUUGCCUCCUCAAGAUCAACUGUGGGCAGUGCAGCUGCUGCUUGAACCGAAAGACUGGCCAUCAGAUCUGUAAGCUCAGGAAGUGUGUGGAGUUGAAGAGAAGACCCUUGCAGAUCACAGCCGGAGAGGUGGGGUGCAAGAAUCUUCCCAAACCACGGAAAAGGACCCGAGUCUCCAAGGUUGAGUUAGAGGGCAUCUUAGUAAAUGGCACUAAUUCAGAGCAGAUGGAAGAGACCUGUGUGGUGCCAGAAGACGAGGCGUGUGACGUAUCUCAAGCACACUCCAUUCCACCUGACUCUCCCACGCCUCUCCAGCAUGAUCCUGCACCAGCUGAGAGAGCCCUCCAGCCUGCUGUCAGCCCCCAUGCACUUCUUACUCACCACAGCUCUUUAAGCUCCUACAAUGGUGCUAAACACAUGAAACCAAACACUGAGGAUCACAAAGAUCCCACUGACCUGCAGUCCGAGUUUCAAAGGUCUGUGAAUAUGCUAACAGAAAGCCAGCCACCUGAGGCGCUUCCUGAAAGGACAGUUCCCCUGAAAAAGAUCAAGUUGGAAGAACUGAGCAUGAUGCCGGAUGAACAAAGUGCAUUGCACUUAGAUAACAGUGGCUGCUACGAGGAUGCUCUGUCUACACUAGCAGCUGUAGUAUGUUCCACCAUCACUGAUAGGAAGGGUUUUGAGGAGACGUUGCUCAGUCCUCAGAACUCAGAUGUCCGUUCUUUUAAAACUGAAAGAGAAGAAGAACCAUGUCAUAGCCUUUCACACCAGAAAAGGACUUCAAACAGUCCAACAGGUGCUGAUAACCCUCAUCAGAAAGACUUAGUUGCACUUUCGAUGAAUAGUGUCCAGUCUUUGGUUGAGCAUAGGAGCAUAAGCAUGGAUCAGGCCAUAGCUAUCGAGGCCUUAACCCAGCUGGCAGCUAUCCCAGAAACAGCAUCUUUCAAAACAGAGUAUCAGGAUCAGAACCCUCAGCAAGGAAGCACAUCAACCACAAAUAUUUCAUCAAGCAGGCAAAUACCUCAAGAAACUAAAUCUGUAUCAGAGGUUGUCUCCAACAAAGUCUCGGUAAUCAGCUCAUCGUUGCAUCAGACUUCUGUUAUUUGCAGCCCGUUGAACAGGCAGGAAAACGUCACCCAUCGCAGCACACCCACCCACCACAAGCUCUCCUUGCAGGAUCUCCUGAAAGCUAGCUCAGAAUGUGACAGGCUCUUGCAUACCCCAGAGAAUGGAAGACUCAGUCAAGCACUUUGUAAAACAGAUAGGUUAGAUGGCACUUUUAAGAAGUUUAAGCAUGUUGAAAGGACACAGAGCUCAAGGAGGAGAGAUGAAGAGGAGGUUGCAGCCCAGUUGGUGCAGCUUGCAUUCAUGAUUGAAUCAAGACACAAGCCAGUGUCCUCUGAAAACAGUCCCCCCAAGGGUAUGCCAGUACAGACCAUAAAAUACAACCAUCAUGCUAUUGGACAGCAUUUUAAAAAGCAAAGAAAAACAAGAACAACUCCCUCAAGUCCUAGGAUAUCAAAAAAAAGAGCAUCUGGGAUUGAGGGAGGCAACCAUAGGAUACCACUAGCCAAGAGGACACCCAAUAGCAAAACCCCAUACAAGACGAAGGCGCAGAGGGAGGCCUUGCAGCGAAAAGCAAGGUUACACCCGAAGAGGAGCCCAUUUUUGCCACAGACUCAAAUAGACCUGAAAAAAUACCUAGCACAGGCUCAUCUUGAGAAAAGGCAGCUUUUCCAUUUCAGCAACAAGAGAGAAGAUACUCUCGUGAGCUGUGAAAACCAGAAAGCUCUGAGUCAUUCCCAUGGUAACCAAUCCCAACCAAACGGACACUGUUACAGUCUCACGAAUGGUCACAUAGGUGCUACCCAUGGCCAGAAGCAUGAAUGUGAAGAACAUUUGAUUUCUCAGGUAUUGAAAACGUACAGUGUGCUAAACCAUGGUGCUAAAUCACAAGCCCAGUAUGCCAUGCCUAACGUCCCCGGUGCAGAUCCAUCUCAGAAUCUAGGGGGUUGCCACAGAGUUAACAGCCUGAGCUGUGAGCCACGGCAAACUUCCCUUGAUCAGAAUGGAUAUUACAAAGUGGAGACGUCUGGCGCUGUCACAGUUUUGUCUACAUCAGCUGGAAAUGUGGAAAAUGGUGAUGGGGAAUCCUUUAGAGAAAACACACCCACUAAGCAUAUGCUCAACAGCUUUUUGGAAUCUCCAUUGAAGUUCUUGGACACUUCAACCAAGAAUGUAAUCAACACCCCCUCAAAAAAAAACUCUGAGCUCCCGUCCUGCGACUGUAGGGAGCAUAUCAUUGAGAAAGAGGAGGGUCCCUUCUACACGCACCUUGGCUCUGGGCCAACUGUAGCAGCCGUGCGAGAGAUGAUGGAGGACAGGUUUGGGGAGAAAGGCAAAGCAGUGCGUGUGGAAGUUGUAGUCUAUACUGGGAGGGAGGGACGGAGCUCCCAGGGUUGUCCAAUAGCGAAGUGGGUGAUCCGUCGGGCCAGUGAGGAGGAGAAGCUGCUGUGUCUUGUGCGCCAGCGUGCAGGUCACUGCUGUCAGAACGCAGUUGUGGUCAUCCUCAUCCUAGCCUGGGAGGGGAUCCCACGCAGCAUGGCUGACAGACUGUACCAGGAGCUUACACAGACCCUGUACAAGUAUGGCUCGCCCACGAGUCGCCGCUGUGCCCUUAAUGAGGAUCGUACCUGUGCUUGUCAGGGUCUGGAUCCAGAGACCUGUGGCGCUUCUUUCUCUUUCGGCUGCUCGUGGAGUAUGUACUUCAAUGGCUGCAAGUUUGCCCGCAGCAAAGUGCCCCGAAGGUUCCGGCUACAGGGAGACUACCCUGAGGAGGAGGGGAAGUUAGAAAGCAACCUGCAAAAUCUGGCGACAGAUGUGGCUCCUUUGUAUAGGAAACUUGCCCCCGAGGCCUAUCAAAACCAGGUGGAGCAGGAGCAGUCAGGCCAGGACUGUCGCCUGGGCAUGAGAGAGGGUCGUCCAUUCUCUGGUGUGACAGCAUGCGUGGACUUCUGUGCUCAUGCUCACAGAGACACACACAACAUGAACAAUGGAAGUACUGUGGUAUGCACGUUAACGAAGGAGGAUAACCGCGCAGUAAGAAACAUUCCAGAGGACGAGCAACUGCAUGUCCUUCCUCUCUAUAAGAUUUCAGAGACUGAUGAGUUUGGUCGUGUGGAGGGCCAGUUGGCUAAGAUAGAGACUGGAGCUCUGCAAGUCCUCUCUUCCUUCCCAAGAGAGGUGCGUCUGCUGGCUGAGCCUGUGAAGUCUGCCAGUAAGAGAAGACAGGAGGCCAAGAAAGAGCGAGAGAAACACAGCAGCCAGGAGAAAAAGCAGGUCACCCCAGUGAAAGUGAAGAACGAGCCCCUCAAAGGUUUUAAAAGCACUUCCUCUGAGCUUUCACCAUGUUUCAAAACAGAGACAUGUUCCUCAACUCCUUACUCUUCCCCUAUGCGACUGCCCAGGACUCCAGACAUGGGGAGCCACUUACUGGACUUACUGGACUCCUCAAGCCCUUACAGGAGCACAAACUAUACUCCUCCACUGAGCUCUAGCCGAGACACAGCAGCACUUUCUUCAUCCCCUUGCACCAUCCUUCCUGCACCACAUUAUCAGAAUGCUGGAAAAUUGUCCCAAAGCAAUGGAUCUCCUCUCCUCAGAUACGGAACAGGGCAAGAAGCAGUGAGGCACAGCUCUCCAGAGCUCUCAGAACAGAAACCAUUCAGAAACCAGCAGCAUGUGGAUAGCCCCUUGGGACCGAAGUCCUCGGGUUUCCGUGACAACUGUUUCGCAGUAAAAGCUGAGCCUGAGGAGGUGCGUUGUUUUCAGGGUGGAGCUGCUCCCAGACUGCUCUCUCCAUCCAGGGCUGAGGGUCUCCACAGCCGUCUGAACUUCCACCAAGCGCAGCCGAGCCUGGAUGACCACCAUGGGCCGCCGAUGACCCCGCGACCCAUGACACCUGAAGAGGUCAAAGCCGAGGAAGUGUGGUCAGACAGCGAGCACAACUUCUUGGACGGAGAUAUUGGUGGGGUUGCGGUGGCCCCGUCUCAUGGUUCCAUUCUCAUCGAGUGCGCUCGGCGAGAGCUGCACGCUACAACCCCCGUCCUGCGGCCGAACCGCAGCCACCCCACCCGCGUCUCUCUGGUCUUCUACCAGCACAAGAGCCUUAACACACCCGGCCAUGGGCUGCAACAGUGGGAGGCCAAGAUGGCGGAAAAGGCUAGGGAGAGAGAGGCGGAGGCCGAGCGGCUGGGACUGGAGCCCGGAGCCCUCAACUCUGCCAAGGCCAGAAGGUCAAAGGUAGCGGAGAGCGAUACAGAAAGCGGAGAGGAAGACGUGUGUCAGGACGAGAGGGCGAAGCUACAGGUCCCGACCCGCCAAUCUCUGACAGCCACCCGGGAUGGCCUCAUCACAUCAGCCCCGUACGCCCUCACCCAGGUCACCGGGCCUUAUAACCGCUGGACAUGACAGUGGCCAGUGCAACUUUUUUUUAGCUAAUGCCUUACCUCAGUCAGCUCUAUCUCUUUGACACCUGUUUGAACGUGCUCUUUUUUCAUUUGUGCUCUUCAUCUCAGCUUUUUAGAACGAUGCUGACUACCCAUUUGUCAGUUUUGAAACUGUGAGUUUUGGUGCAUAUACAUGUCUGGUUUUUAAUGUAAAGAGAUGGUGCUCAGAACAGAUGUUUAAAAACUGGUUUUAUAGAAAAAAGAGAUGAAAUUAGUGCAUAGAAGAUGUGACUAUUUAUUCUGAACGUUUUCACAACUAUUUGUAUUUAAUUUCUGGUCCAAGCCUGUUUACUGCAAUAUGACUGUGUCAACCUGUAAAUGAUGUGUGUAGUAAACACUCAGAAUUGACAUUGUAAAAUGUGAAUUCGAUUGUUGGUUUUGUUGGUUUUUUUUUUGUUUUUUCAUCUUUGGGUGCUCACUUGUCAGACAUUCAGUAAUCGCUAUUUUAUGGUGCCAUUGUAGCAGUAACUUACUUUGAAUAACCACAAACAUACAUUACUCCUUUAAAGUUUUAAAGUAUUGUGACACAAAAGGUUAUUAGUUAGAUUUGAAUAUACAUGUAGCAUUGGUUUUAUCACACCAUGAUAUUGGUAUUGAAGGUACAUAGAUACAUAGACUCUGGAUUAUGAAAAAAUAUUCCUGUUAUACAUGGCAUUGUUUGAAAAAAGCACUUUUGAACAACUUGACUUUCGAAAUGUCCUGUAUGCACAGAUUUUUUUUUUUCAUUUGUUUGUUUAUGAGCGACCUCCUUCAUCCAAUUUAUGUAUAUAUGCUUUGCAUGUUCGUUUGGAACUCAACCAUGAUUUUUAAACCAUGCUUAUCAAAGCAAUAAUCAUGGAACGUUAUAUGCUGCAUUUUUGAUAAUGUGUCAAAUUUAAACCAUUUUAUUACUGGAACAUAAAAGAUAUUAUUAUUAUUGGUUUCCCAAUUUUUUAGGUUUUUCAACUCCCAAAGAGUUUAAAACAUGACUUGAAACAGCCUUUUAUACAUGAUCAGAUAUGUUAUAUUUUGUCAUUCAAGUGUGCUAAGAUAUGUCUGAACAAUAUUACUGUAUGUUUUUCACUGGUGCUUUCUUGAAGACCUACUAUACAUCCUCCUGAGAUCAGAUCAUGUUAUUUUUAUUGGUGCAUAGUGCUUUUUUAUUUCAAAUAAAUCACCCCACAUCUUAUCAUUUGUUUACUUGCUAAAUGUUUGCAUAAUAUUAUCUUUUUUCAAGCCAAUAUAAUGGUUUUUUUUUGCAUUAAAUGGAAAGUCCCAUUUCACAGCUAUAUUGUAAAAAUGUCUCUGUGUAAAGUUUAUUUAGCUCCAGCCAAGAAGAAAUGCCCACUAAAGUCCUUUUAUUAUAGACAUUUUUAUAGGUCUUUUUACAUUUUGAGGUGCUAAAAAUGUACUGUGUAAAUAUGCCACGUCACGGUGUGCUCAAAGCUCUUCUGAUUCUAAUUCUUAAAGCCCCUGUGUCUUCAUGCCAGCUGUGUGAAGUCUUCAAUGGCUUCUCUGAGAGCCACACUGUAUUUUGUUCUUAUUGCAGAGGCAGAAAAAGGUCCUACAAAAAUCCAAUGUGAAUCUACAUUAUGGGGAACUUGAAGUCAGAGAGUGGCAUGGAUAUGUUCACUCUAGUGGGUAUUUUUAUUUAAAGCUGCUUUUGCUGAACAAGGAAACUGUUGCUUUUGUGGAAAACCCACACUGACAAAGCUGUGUGUGCAGAGUUAUUUUGUAAGACGUUGAAAAGCUAAUUUUCCUAAAUAAACGAAGAGCACCUAUAGUAA